AAGAGGGCGAAAUUUUUCUGUACCAAAAAAGAGGGCGAAAAUUUUCUCAGGUCGUCGUUGAGCUGUCUAGCCGUUGCUAGUAGGCGAUCGAGCUCUCGGCCCGUUAAAUAUAACGCCAAACGCGACGGUGGCCAUAACUCUCCGACGAAACCCGGCCGAGGAAUUGGCCGCCGCGGCGAUUCGGAGAACCCCUAGUUCCGACGCAUGUGCUCGCCAGAAGAAAAAAAAAGAAAGAAUGAUGUCUCCAUCAUUUAAAAUUAUCGCGAGGCACCAGGAAACCUGCUGCUGCUAGAGAGAAUCUCAAGGGAGGAUGCAGGACUCGCAAAAUUGGCUUCUCGGGAUGAACAGCUUCCGGCCCGAAUCCGAAGCCCACGUCGCUCAACAGAGCCGCCGCGACAAGCUCCGGGUCCAGCACAUCGACCCGAUCCCCGAUCUCGUCCAGGUCCGGGACGUCUAUGACCCGGCCUUGUUCUCAUCCUCGGCGCACAUCCAUAAUUUACCGUUGGGCGGCGCCGAAACCUCGAUUACGAACCCGUCGCCGUCCAGCUUUCAGGAAACGCCCGGCCAUCUCGCCCGCGCCAGCGAUCCCCGGGGACCGUGCGUCUGGCGAGCGCAGCAGCCCAGCUGCGACUGGAUCGUUGCGAGCCCCGCACCGAUGACAAACAGUUUGGCUUCACCCGGUGCCUCCCACUUCAAGCCCGGCUUCUCGUCGUAUCCGGAUGCAUCCACGGAGCUUUCAAGCCAAGAGAACCACGAGCAGCAGUGCGGGGACUUGCACUUCCCCUCUUCUCAAUUCCACCACCCCGCUCUCCAAGACGUGGUUACCUCCGUGGGCGACCAUGGCCUUGAACUGCCGUCCGUUCGCGAGCCCGGUCAGCCAGGCUCGUGGGUCGACAGUGGAAACGAAUUGCUGCUUCUGCCGAGCUUCGCUGAGCAGCCGAACACAGUGUGGGUGAGCCGGCAGCCUCCACAGUGGAAUGGGGAAGGAGGGUUUACAAGGGGCAAAGUCGAAGAGGGGUUUACCACCGUUGGGAGUGAGGGAGGGGCGCAAGGUCUGUCGUUGACCCUCUCGUCGAACCCGGCGUCGGAGCUCCAUGUGGCUCAGCUGGAAGAGAGGUUCGGACUACCAAGUUCGAGGGCGAGUGGCGCCGGGCAGUCCUGCCCGUACCCCAGGUUCUCGAUGGGUGAUAGAGGUUAUGGGGGCUCGCUUCAGGGUAUGGUGAGCUCGCCGGUGGCGGAAACUCGUAGGGCCGUGGGGCCGCUGGGGCCUUUUACGGGAUACGCCACCAUUCUGAAGAGCUCCAGGUUCUUGAAGCCGGCUCAGCAGCUGCUGGACGAAUUUUGCAGCGCUGUGAAGCAGUGUCAUGUGGGUGGCAGCAGUUGUGGGGUUUCGAGUGCCAAUUGUGAUGGUGUGGUAGCCGGUGAGAAAGAGAACAGCGCAAGGGGAGGGAGUUCGGCGGUGUCGUCGUCGUCCACGUUUCAUGGUUCUUCGACGGAAGCUGCUGUGGGUGGCGAGGCGGCUCAAAUUCAUCGCCCCGAGAUGCAGCAGAAGAAGGCGAAGCUCUUGUACAUGCUGGGAGAGGUAUGCAGAAGGUACAAGCAGUACCACCAACAAAUGCAAAUGGUGGUCUCCGCUUUCGACUCUGUAGCAGGCCUCAGCUCUGCCACGCCCUACACUUCAUUAGCCCUCAAGUCUGUUUCGAAGCACUUCCGGUGCAUCAAAAAUGCUAUAUCUGAUCAGCUCCAGCACAUCAGCAAAGUGCUGGGAGAGGAGUUCAUCAAAUCACCUUGUUCCAGUAGAGGUGAAACGACGAUGACCCCAAAGUUAAAGUACGUGGACCAGAGCCUCCGGAAACAAAAGGCAGGUGAGAACAGCUUAGGCUUUGUGGAUCAGAACCAGCCGGUGUGGAGGCCUCAGAGGGGCCUACCCGAGCGUGCUGUGGCUGUUUUGAGGGCCUGGUUGUUCGACCAUUUCCUUCAUCCGUAUCCGACUGAUACGGACAAGCACAUGUUAGCGACCCAAACUGGUCUGUCACGGAACCAGGUCUCCAACUGGUUCAUUAAUGCCCGGGUACGACUAUGGAAGCCCAUGGUUGAAGAGAUCCACAUGCUUGAGACCAAAGGGAUGAAUGGGAUGGACCUAAACUCUGGGAACAGAAACGGCGGGACCAAGCCACCCAUUGCUGAUGCAGGGCGGCCUUCUAACGGGCAAAUGGCGGAAGGCCAGUGCAACAAGCCAUUGGAUUGUUCCUCUAUGGAGCCUGUGUUGAAUGAUGGGGGUACCCAGAGCACGGAGCCCUGGCAUUGUGAGAAGAGAUCGAGGAUGGAUGAGUGCGGAAUUCCGACGAGCAUGGAUGGGAACUUGAUAAGCUUUGGAACGUACCACAGUGCCAUGGACGUUGGAGGGCUUGGAGCGGUGUCUCUCACGUUGGGCCUCAGGCACGAGGAUGGGCAGCAGCAGCAGCAGCAGCAGAUGAGACACUUUGGAAGUCAGAUGCUGCAUGACUUCGUGGGUUGAUUGGUCUUCUUACUUUGCUGGGAUUGGCUGGUUGCUAGUGUCAGAGAUGAUGCUGAGGAGCCGCGAUGGAAAGGCCGGGGUGAACAUUGUAUCGUAGGUUAAGGGAAAUGGUCCGUUGUACGAUUUGUAAUGCUGCUUUGCCUUCGGUGGCAUACUGCAAGUGGCCAAAGUUUUGGUGGCUUAUAAUGACUGUCUGAUUAACUUCUGUUGCAAAAUGUUGUUCCAUUAAUUAAUAUUGAAGGCUCUUAAACUACA